GGGCGGACCGCUCCGGUGAACCCGUCGGCGAGCGGGCACGAUGCCGAGAAGUCAAUCUCGGGUGUUUGAGGAUAGGGGGGAGGACGAGAAUCGGAAGGUGCAGAAGAAGUGCUGCGUGUACAAGUACAUCCGCGUGGGACAGACUCUCGGCGAGAGAUUCCGCGGCAAUCGCAUGUUGAAGUGCGUUUUUUGCGGCCACGAGUUCCAGGGCAACCAGUUCGUGGCGGCGCGCCAUUUCCGCCAGGGCAAGGGAUGUCCGGAAGUGACAGACGAGGCACUUCUCGACAUCCACUAUAACAGUGAGUACAAGAUGUCCGACAAGUUCCUAGAGCGGAUACAGCGAUUUGAGGAGCUUCACGGUGCGGCGCCUGGGAUGGAUCCGCGACGGGACGAGGGGGGGGAGGGAGAGAUGAGGGACGCGGGGGAGCAGAUCGACGUGGACAACGACGUCGAGGAGGUUGCACGGGCGGGGUCGUCAGGGAGGGAGCGAGGGAAGGGCAUUGUCAGUGAACCGGGGGGGCAGCAGGGCCAGUACUUUGCGUCGGCGCACGUGCCGGCUCGUACACGGGCAGGUGAGGAUACGGCUGAGGCGGGUGUGUCUGCGGGGAAGAGGAAGGAGAGAGAGGAGGGGGACAGACCGACGGCAGCAGCCGCAGCACAGAAGAGGAUGAGACCAAACACGAUCACGGAGUCAUUCACGUCAAAGUGCCAGAUGGAGUUCAAGAAGAAGUGGUUGCGGUUUGUGUACAGUCAGCGCCUGGCAUUCAACGUCUUCCGGAGUGAGCCAUGGUUGGACGUCGUCCGACACUUCAGGGACUUGCCGGGGCCAGUGAAGGUGUUGUGGCCUUCAGAGAAUGAGAUCGCGGACAUAGAGACCAUUGUCCACACGGCGGACGAUGUGGGAGCUGAUCUCGCGGAGGUCAGGGCUCCUUUCUAUGUCACGGGGGCCACCAUCAUGUCAGACAGAAGGAAGUCACGCGAUGCUAGACCCAUCGUGAACUUCCUUGCCGGCGGGUCGCGUGGGGUGAUGCUCGUCCGGACGAUGAACAGGGAGGGUGAGCGGGAUCGGGCGCCUGAUGUAUUGGCACGCUGGAUCAAGGUGUUCGAUGAUUUCUCCCCUAAGUGGGUGAACGCCAUCUGCACCGACUCCGCCUCGGCGUACGUUGUCGCGACGAACAUGCUCCAGGGGCCCCAGCAGAGGCCGGAACAUCGACAGAUCACGUGGCUCCCAUGCGCAGUGCAUGUCUGCAACAAGAUGUUGUCAGACAUUGGCUGUUCGGGCCCGUGGUCCAAGGACAUCAUCGUGAGGGGGAGAGCGAUGGUGCGCUUCAUUGAGGAGCACGGCGCCGCUCUCCAUAUCUUCCAGGGGGAGAGCACUCAGAUGGGCCUCAUCUAUCCUUGCGAGACACGUUUCGCAUCCGUGUUCGCGAUGGUGGAGCGUUUGCUGGCAGUGAGGUCAGCUUUGGAGAGGACGGUGGAUGGCGAUACUUGGCGUAUGGUCCCUUGGGACCAUUCCGUUUGUCAGUUGGCUAGGUGGGUCAGGUGGCAGGUGCGACAUGGCAGUUGGUGGGAUUCCAUGGGCAUCUUGUUCCGUAUCAUGGAGCCUGUGUAUGACCUGCUGCGCAGGUUGGACCGCGGAGGGCUGCACAUGUCGCGAGUGGUUGAGUGGACACAGGAUCUGGCACGCCAGGUAGCAAAGGAGGUUUGUGCACUUCCGACAGAUCUUGCACACUAUUGUGCAGAGGGUGCAGGCUCGAUGCGCUCACAUGCUGGAGCCGGCGCACGCCGCUGCUCACCUUCUCUGUCCCAGCCGGCGGGACUUGCGUACUUCGAGGGUGUGGUCAGCGACUACAACGCGAGCUUGGUGAGGGAGGCGGCGACUUACAUCUUGUCGCAGACAGGGUUCAGUGUGGCGAAGCCGCGACUACGAGACCGCAUGUGCACACUUGCGCGACUUCCACACACGGAGGGGACGAUUGCUUGGGGGGGGAGAGAUGGAGAUAGAGAUGCACAAAGGUGCAGGGGCGAUGCGAAGACGUACGAGUCCGGGUGUUGGUGGUCGCGGUACGGGCAGUGCGCCCCGCAGUUGCAGGUUAUCGCUCUUCGUGUGAUGUACAUGUGGGCGUGCUCCUCUCCUGCGGAGAGGAAUUGGGCCGUCCAUGAGGGUGUACAGACGAAGAAGCAUAACCGGCUUGAGUUCGAGAAGGUCGCGAAGUUGGUUGAGAUCUCAGCCAACGUCCGCCUUCUCUCUCAUCAGCGGGCAGGCCGCGGGUUCGCGCUGCCGUGGACUCUAGAUGAGUCGUUGUUGGAUGUGGAGGGAGGUAUCGGGAUUCGUCCCUCGUGGAAGGGGACGGACGAGAGCAGGACGCGGGAGGAGGUUGAGGAUUAGAGACGUUCAUGGCAGCGAGA